GUGACCGACACAGUGACGUUCAGGGCGGCCAACCCGGAAACUGGCUGCCGAGAGCUCAUACUUGCGAGCCGUGAUCUGCUAUGAUAGCCGGCCGCCGGAGCGUCUUCGCCGGGACUCACGGUACCUCUUGGCUCCGUUCGCCCCGCAUGUUAAGGUGUCUUGGUUUCCUUUUGUGACAAAUCCCAGACAGACCUCGGACAUUCCCUGGUGCCCGCAUCCCCCAGCCUGGAGAUCUCACCUGCUGGCUUGCCGGCCAGGGGGUGAAGAUGUGCGUGCUGGGUUGGGACCCCGAAAGAGCUGCCCCGCUUUCCGCCUGUCUGAUCGGACUGCCGUCAUCCAGCUCUGGCAGACAGGGUGUCUCAACAUGGGGAACCUCCUUAAAGUUUUGACUUGCACUGACUUUGAGCAGGGACCCAACUUUUUCCUCGAUUUUGAAAAUGCACAGCCAACCGAAUCAGAAAGACGAGUGUGGGAGCAGGUGAACGUGGUCCUGAAAGACGCCAGGGGCAUUUCUGAUGACCUGCAGGCCUACAAGGGAGCGGGUGCCGAGAUCCGAGAGGCCAUCCAGAAUCCCAUGGACGAGAGCUUGCAAGAAAGGGCUUGGGGCGCUGUCAUCCCCUUGGUAGGGAAGCUGAAGAAGUUCUAUGAGUUCUCCCAGAGGUUAGAGGCGGCUCUGCACGGCCUUUUGGGAGCCCUUACCUGCAUGCCUGACAGCCCCACACAGCACCUGGAGCGUGAGCAGGCUCUGGCCAAGCAGUUCGCUGAGAUCCUGCACUUCACGCUGCGUUUCGACGAGCUCAAGAUGACCAACCCUGCCAUCCAGAAUGACUUCAGCUACUACAGGAGAACUUUGAACCGCAUGCGUAUCAACAACAUCCCGGCAGAAGGGGAGAAUGAUGUAAAUAAUGAGCUGGCCAAUCGGAUGUCCCUCUUCUACGCUGAGGCCACCCCUAUGUUGAAAACAUUAAGCGAUGCAACAACAAAGUUUGUGUCUGAUAACAAGAACCUGCCCAUUGAGAACACGACAGACUGCCUUAGUACGAUGGCGAGCGUCUGCAAAGUCAUGCUGGAGACCCCGGAGUAUCGCAGCCGGUUCGCCAGUGAAGAGACCGCCUCCUUCUGUCUCAGGGUCAUGGUGGGAGUCAUCAUCCUCUACGACUAUGUGCAUCCCGUUGGGGCCUUUGCCAAGUCCUCCAAGAUCGAUAUGAAAGGAUGCAUAAAAGUCCUCAAAGAGCAGCCUGCGAACAGCGUAGAAGGUCUUCUGAAUGCUCUCCGGUACACAACAAAGCAUCUGAACGAUGACACCGCCUCCAAGCAAAUCAAAACUCUGCUGCAAUAGCACCAACCUCGUCAUGUGACCGCUGGCUGGUGCCUUCGUGGGAGGUUCGGCCGCCGAGCUGCCUGUCGACAGCGAUGUACAGAAUUUUAUUUUCGUUUAACAAGGCAAGAAAAACUGAAACAUUACUGCUUUAAUUCUCCUUUUAAUAAAGAAAGUGUCUCUAGUUUGUUUUCACAAAGAGGAUUAUUUUUUUAAAGCCAUAUAACAGCUGGCAGCUGAUGAUGUGCCCCAGUGUUCUUGCCUGUUGCGGAAGAGGGAAUCAUUUCAAUGUUUUAAAUCGCCUCUUCUACAUGACAGGACCAUGACUUUUUUGCAUUUAUGUACUAAUAUAUUCCUUGUGUUUGCUUUUUUUUUUUUUUUAAAGUUAAAAUUAAAGAAUGUCAAAUUAGUUUUGCUAUUGAAAUGGUACCUGGUGAAGAUAAUUGGAAUUGUCUUGUUGUUUUUUUAUAAGAGUUCUGGAAGAUUCUGUUUGAUACUAUGGAAUGUAUUGAUGAUGAAUAAAAGUGAGCUGGAUCGUCAAUAAGAAUGUGAUGGUUUUGAAAAUACCAUUUUUCUGUUAUCUGUUGGUUCAUUUGAUAUAGAUUCCAUAAAGAUCUAUAAAAAAUAUACUGAUUUUUAAAUUGACUGAAUAACUGUGCCCGAGAGGAGCCUGGGGACAGCUGGUAUGUCCUCCUCAACUUCAGUUCUCCACCAGUCUGCUUGCCUUGUACUGUAUAGUGAGACUCACAUGACACCUCGCAGGAGUGAUUUUGAUUGGAGGAUCAAAACAAUCCCCAUCACUACCAGUGGCUCAUUGUUAUAUUUAGCAAAUUCUGUAAAUUUCCCAGUGCAGCCACUCCCCAGCUUACAGUGACGUUACAUUCUGAGAAACCUCUUAACCAUCGUAAGGUGAAAAUGCAUUUUAAUACAAUAUAACUAACAAACAUCAUAGCCUGUCCUGCCUUAAAAACAUGCAUAGAAUUCUUAUAUUAAUGAAUUGGCUCAACUGUAGGUUAACACAAAGCUUAUUUUUGUAAUAAAAUGUUGAAUAUCUCAUGUAAUUUAUUGAAUAAUGUACCGAAAGUGAAAAACAUUUACCCAUCAUAACAUGGACCAUCAUAAUGUGUAUAGAGUGUAUGCAGUACAUAUGCACCUGUGUGCAGGUAGAGAAUAAUUCUUAUACUGUAUUAUAAUUGAUAUUGAACCUGUUAGUUGCAGAUGCAGAUGAUCUUGCUUGAUGCAUAAUGAAAUGGAAAAUAAAUGGUCUUUUAGGCCACAUCCA